GCAGUCAUUGUGUAAUGCGUCAUCUAGUGGCGGACUGGUCGUACUUGCGGACGUCGGAAGCUGAGUGUAGUUUUGAAAUGUUCGGAUGGUCGUAAAUGCAACCAUUGACCCCUCUCACAUACCCGGAACAACAACAGAGUUCAGCGCUUUCUAUCUAAGAGUCGUAGACGUUUUCACGCCCUCGCGAAAUUAUAAAAAGGUUAAAACAUGAGCAAAAGUUUGGGAUUUGUGCUCAGUGAUUGUUAAAUACAGUUGUCCUACAUGGGUUCUUCAGCUCGUCUAAAACAUCUCAUACAUGAGAAUGGGCCUUUGAUUUUAGAUGGUGGACUGGCAACUGAUCUUGAAUCGCAUGGAGCCAAACUGCAGGGAGAUCCUUUAUGGAGUGCCAGGCUUUUGCACACUAAUCCCCAGGCCAUAAAAGAUGCCCAUCACAGGUUUCUCCUCAGCGGUGCUGAUAUCAUCACCACCGCGACCUACCAGGCGAGUAUCCCGGGGUUCAUCAGCCACUUGGACGUUAGCGCUGACCGCGCCCGGGAGCUGCUCAUGUCCGGAGUUCAUCUGGCAAAGGAGACGGUUAAGAUAUUCCAAUCUGGGCAGACGUGUCCCUUGGUGGCAGGCUCAGUUGGACCGUAUGGGGCUUUUCUGCAUGACGGAUCAGAGUACUCUGGGGAUUAUGCAGAGGAGAUGAGUGUUGAAGAGCUUAAAAGCUGGCACCGACCGCAGGUUGAGAGUUUAGGAGCAGCAGGAGCUGAUCUCAUCGCUUUUGAGACAAUCCCGAGUAUCAAAGAAGCCCAGGCCGUGGUGGAGCUGCUGAGAGAGUUCCCAAACUUAAACGCCUGGCUCUCCUUCUCCUGCAAGGAUGAGAAGCAUAUUUCAGAUGGGAGCCCCUUCAGAGAUGCGGUGCAGGUUGCGGGCAGAUGUGGCCAGCUGCUGGCCGUGGGGGUGAACUGCUGCCAGCCCUCUCUGGUGGAGCCGCUGCUGGCCUCCGCCCUGUCGCUUCUCGGCCCAGACACGAGCUGGGUGGUGUACCCCAACAGCGGAGAGGAGUGGGACCACCAGCAGCAGGGGUGGGUAACGUCAGCGAAACCCUCGGGAUGGACGUCAGACUUUACCCACACCUGGCUGACCCAGGGAGCCGCCCUGAUAGGUGGAUGCUGCCGUAUCGGUCCUACUCACAUCGCGGAAUUGAGAAAGCAGUUAAAAGGAACCUCUGCAUCUCCGCCCACUGUAGGAAAGUCUUAGUGCUAGUUUUCGGGGUAGCUCUUUACUUAAGUCGUGGGUUCCUUAAUGAAAAACUGCAGAUAAAAAUGUGUGCACACAAAGCCAGAUUUUUUUUGUUGUUGCUAUAUUAGUAAAAUUUAAGCUUUUUGCACGGUGCUCUUUGUAAAAUAAAAUAAUUAUACAAUAGCCCACAAAUUCAGAUGUAUAAUCAGUCUCUUUAAUAACUACAUGGAAGCUAUGCUGCAAUUGAUCAUUUAAGCAAUAAAUAAUAAAUAGUAAUAAAACAACUGUAUAAGAGAAGGGAAGCUUAAACAGAUCUGAAUUAAGGAAUGGGGGCUUUGAGGUGUUUUAUUAUGUAAAAAACUGUGCAUUUAUUUGGGUAUUAAAUUUAUUUUACAAUUACAAACACUUUUGUUUUAAAUUAUUUGAAAGUUUUGUUCUUGUACCCCUGCUCCUUAUAUUGUUAGGAAAUAAAUAAAGGGUGCUUCGCGGU